GGUGCAAACACUAUCCCCACCUUUUUGUGGUAAUUUUAGUUAAUUUUACUUUUUAUAAGCAAAAAGUAAAAACUCCAAAUGUUUAUGCCUCAACGCCUUGAGGCUUAUGCCUCGCCUCAUGAGAGGUCAACAACCUCGCCUUGCGCUUUCAACUCUGAAAACUUAGACACCCACUACAUAGAGCACGAGGAGCCGAUUUACAGUGAGGUAAAUCAGCUUGCCAACAAAGCUCCGAUUGUGACCUCCAUUAUGAAAGAGUUCUCCCUGUUCAGCAUAGACCUUAAUAGUGGAGUUUAUAGGAGCGUAAAUUGGUCAAGUACUGAGAAGACCAGCCCCAGAUAGAAGGUCGACUGCUUGCUUCCUUUGAGAGAUAGAAAUACCCUUAGAUGAACGAGCAACUUCAAUUCCAAGAACAUAGCGAUAUUCAAGUACUUGAAUGAAAUUGCUAACCUAUAUGAUGCUUCAGAUCAGCGAUACCAGCAGAAUCAUCGCCAAAGAUAAUGAUAUCAUUGGCGUGGACAAUCAGUACAAUAGUGCCAAAAGAAGAGUGUGGCUCAAACACUGAAUGAUUAUACAUAGAACAACAAAACCCAUAUGCCAGCACAAGCGUGUAUAGCCAUUAUGCAAAGAAGAUGUAUUGGAAUAACCCACUGCAUCUAUGUUUAGAUGAUAGCUAAAUUGUACAGUAAAAUCACUCUUCUGGCAAUAUUUUGGUUGUUCUCUGGUCGGUUGACAAUGCCCAACCGCGUUGGAUCUGAAAGACAAAGAAUUCAAUACAUUGAAAAUUAGAUUCACUUACCUCUCCUUUUGCUCCCACACCCUUAACUUCGGACAUCAUUCAUGGAUAGGAAUAUUGCAGUGGGAGAGCAAACUGAAUCUAACCUUACCAGAUGUACAACAUUGGAAUCACCAUUUAAUUUGUGUGGGCGACAUCUUUCUGACUGCAUUCCUAAAAACCAUGAAGAGGCCAGUACCAUGGAAUGAUCAGGUGGAUGUCAUACUAUCAGAUGAAUCCUCUUCUUCUGAUUCCGAAGCUGAUGGAUCUGACAACAAGCAAGCAAACAAGGACGUCGCAAUUGAUGAACCUGCUGAACAGGAAAGUUCUGAAGAAGUGGUGAUCAGAAGGGCGGAAAUGUAUCAAGACUACAUGAAGCAGGUUCCGAUUCCCACCCAGCGUGGCUCCGUUAUUCCGUUUACCUCAUGGAUUGGAUUAUCCAAAUCCAUUAAGCAGUUAUAUGGCCAACCCCUGCAUUACCUCACCAACAUUCUCGUAAAACAGUGGGACCAAAUGAGAAUUGGCUCUGAGAAUGAAGAUAUACCUUUGGACACCCUUAUUCAUCCUUGUAAAGCUGAAGCCACCAUUUGGCUUCUUGAAGAAACUCAUCGUCUCACGACGUCUCAUCAUCAUCUAGCAAAACUCUGGCUCUCUGAUCCGAGGCCCCAUGCUUUUAUCGAUCCUAUUUUCCCAAAGCUGUGAAGAUCUUCAAGGGAAAUUGUUUAUCUCUGGAAAUAGCACUAGUUUAUGAGUCUCUUUUGCUGUUAUUUUCUUUCUUUGUGAAACGAUAGAACCAUAAUGCUUUGUAGCUUUAAUCACCCGUCGCUAACAAAAUGGAACCUUUGGAUUUUGGAUUUUGAUAAA